AUGGAAUCUCUCGGAAAAUCAAAAAUGCGACGAAAAGCGCGAAGUGAAACCGUGAUGGUUGCAGGAUCUAUUUUACAGCGGGUUUCCUCCGCUUCAGUCAGUGUUGAUAAGAAACUGAUCUCCUCCAUCGGCCGCGGCGUGCUCGUACUAGCUGCAGUCGGGCCACAUGAUACGGAGAAGGAUGCGGAAGCUCUUGCGGCCAAAGUCCUAAAGCUCAAGAUGUGGCCUGAUGAUUCCGGAGCAAAUUGGAAGAAAAGCGUGCAGGACAUCCAAGGGGAGGUCCUUUGCGUGUCGCAAUUCACAUUAUUUGCCAAGGUGAAGAAGGGCAAUAAACCCGAUUUUCACGGAGCCGCAGACGCUGUAAAGGCUAAAGAGCUCUAUGAACAUUUCUACUCGAAGGUCGGAGAAUCGUAUGAUCCUGAUAGAGUCAAGAAUGGAGUGUUCCAGGCGAUGAUGGAAGUUGGCCUUGUAAACGAUGGCCCGGGCCUGCUACUGAUUCGAACCAGGUGA